AUGGCAGCGGUAUCCAACGGCUGCACAACAUUUGACCUCAUCGUCGUGGUGAGGCCGAAGGACAACAUUGCAAUCGACGCGUUCAAUGGUCUCCAUGGCAGCCUUGCUACGGGCCUGGAAGGUUGUCCGUGGUUUUCCGCCUCCGAUGAAGAACACGGAGUGGGACUCUACUUUCCCCAAGUCACGACGACUGCUCGCAACAACGCUGUCGCCCUUCGCAACGUCUAUCCAAAUCUCCAGAUGUUUCUCAUCCCCACGUCUCGGUACGCCGAAGUCGUAAACGACGACACUUCAGAACUGUCCUACACGUUGGCACGCCUCACGGCCGCAGACGAACUUGAACCCGUUGCUGCUGAAGCUGAGACUCAGCCCGAUGCUAAAAGCUGA